AUGACAUUUCUAAACGGCCCAAGGCUUUUGGAUUGGGCAAAUUCACCUCCGCAUCUACAGUUCAACAAAUAUGUUCUGACUGGCUACCGACCGGUAUCAUCAGUUCAGGAUUGUAUCAAAAGCUUAUUCUACCUGCACAACGAGUUGGGGAAUAUUUACACGCAUGGAAUUCCCCUGCUCGGUUUCCUGGUGCUGCUCCCCCUGAGUAUCCCCUGGUCUCAGAUCAAUGUCACAUGGCUGGGUGUGGUCCACUUCCUCGCCUGCCUGUCCCCCGAGGUUGGCUCUGUGCUGUAUCACCUCUUCAUGAACCACGAGGGUGGGGCACCAGUCUACCGUACUCUGCUGUCCCUCGAUAUGCUUGGCGUCUGCAUGGUCAACACCUUGGGAGCGCUGCCCAUCGUAUACAUCACACUUCUAUGUUACCCCUCCAUCCGCAACACAGCUCUUCUGGCCUACAUCUUGCUCUCCACCUACGGGGUCUACUGUGCGGUUACCGCCCGGAGCAACGUGCGCCGCCUGCAGUCCUUCGCCUGGCAGGCGCUCUUCCGCUUCCUCCUCUUCAUGCUGCGCUGGAGUGGCGUGGGCACGGGCAGCCCUGCGUCGCUGCGCCACUUCCUCACCAUGGACUUCCUGGCCAUGCUGGGCGGAGUCAUCAACAUUAGCCGCAUCCCCGAGCGCUUCCGCCCGGGGAUCUUUGACUACUGGUGCAACAGCCACCAGAUAAUGCACGUGCUGGUGGUGGUCUCCAUUGUGUUCCUACAUUGGGGCAUGGUGGAAGACCUACUGUGGCUCAACAACUACCAAUGUCUUCCAGAGUGA